AAUAUUCUACUUUUUUUUUUGUUCAGACUUCGAUCCGAAUUUGUUUUGUAUAGACUUAAAUUUAAGCCCUAUCAAGCAAAAAGUUCCAGGCUUCCAAAUGUUUUACAUUGAAUAGCAGCCAAAAAUACCUAAAAAUGUCAUAAAAUGUGUACUUACUAAUAACAUUUUAUAAAUAAUAAGCUACUAAGGUUUUGGUGCAUAAAGAUCAAUACUUCUACAUAGAUAGCUUAAUAAGGUGCAAUAGAGGCCCUAAAUCGUAGGAACAUGGAGUGAUAAGGAGGUGGAGAGCAGAGCUGCCAGUGUCCACAGAAUAUCAGAAGCUGCGUAUAUUGGAUGGUGCGUCGUGUGAUUUUAAAAUUAAAUAAAUAUGGUGGUAUGGAAUCUUAGAUGUGUUGUUGUGGAUUGUAUAAACACAAACAAGAAUAGUGACUGCAAAUUCUACACAUUUCCAACAGCGUGGUUUAAACAAGAACAGCGAAAUAAGUGGAUAAAUGCCAUAAGAAGAAAAAAUCCCGAUGGAUCCCUAUGGCAACCAAAAACGGACGACAGAAUUUGCAGUGCCCACUUUAUUGGUGGCAGAAAGGCUGAUGAACAAGCCAGUCCCAGUUAUGUUCCAAGGAUAUUUCCCGCCAGCUACAAAUCAAGGCAGAUUAACGAAAAUGCGGCAAUAUCUAGGUUUCAACGUUAUAUGGAACGAAGAAAAAAAGAAAUAGAAGCAGUGAAUGCUGAUAAUACAAUUUCAGAUGUGAAAGAGGUGAAUAUAAUAGAGGAGGAGGAGGAGUGUGAGGAGCGUAACUUGUGCAUGACUAAAGACCAAUUUAAUACCAACAGUGAGGUAAUAGACAAACUAGUUCUGCAAGAGGAGUCAGUAGUAAAGAAGAAGCUUUGUAAGGAGAAUGACUCGUGCGUUACCAUAGAUAUACCCAGAUUUUACGCCAACCACGAGAUGAAGGUGGAACUAGUGACACAAGAGGAGUUACUAGUAAAGGAAGAGCCCCGAGAGGACGACUUGUGCGCUACCGAAAACCUAGCUAGUUUUUAUACCAAUCACGAGAUGAAGGAGGGACUUAAGUUGCAAGAGAAGUUACUAGUAAAGAAGGAGCUCCUAGAGGAAGUCAACUUGUGCGCUACCGAAGACCUGACCAGUCUUUAUACUAAUCAUUUGGUGAAAGAGGGACUAGUGUUGCAAGAGAAGUUAGUAGUAAAAGAGGAGCCUUCUGAGGAUGGCGACUUAAGCGCUACAGAAAACCUGCCUGGUAAUUAUACCAACUACGUGGUGAAGGAGAGGCUAGGGUUGCAAGGGGCGUUACCAAUAAAGGAGGAGCCAUGUAAGGAGAACGACUUUUGCGCUACCAAAGACCAGGCCAGUCUUUGUAACGGCCAUGUGGUGAAGGAUGGACUUGUGCUGCAAGCGGAGUUACUAGUGAAGGCGGAGCCCCGAGAGGACGAGCGCAUUAAUGAAGACUUGGCCAGACUUUAUGCCGAUCAUGAGGCAAAGGAGGGACUGGUGCUGGGACCUGAGUGCUUGCAGAGGCCCGGUGCACCUCUUGGCUCGGUGGAUUUAGCUAAUCUGAACACCUGUGGGCAGCAGCUGGCCACCACAUCCGCUCACGGAUCAACGAGUAAACAAUGGACACUGCCCUCUACUUCUACUACUACUUCCAGCAGACCUAUAGAAAAUAAUGCAAAGAAAAAACACACCUGCAAAACAUGUGGCCGAGAAUUCGACCAAUACGACAAACUAAUGAUUCAUAAGCUAAGCCACAUAGGAUACAACCCAUACACCUGCGACAUCUGUAACAAGGAUUUUGCGUUGUUAACUCACUUGGAGACGCACAAACAAUUUCACACAGGACAGAGGCCAUAUGCCUGCGAAUGCGGAAAGGCAUUUACUACACCGACCAAUUUGAAGAAACAUAAAGUAAUUCACAGAGAAAAGCCGUAUGCCAGCAAUACGUGUGAAAUAGUACAAUUAGAUGCAGAGAGAGGUGACCCCCUUGCAUAG